AUGGCCAUCCCACCCGCCUACCACGAGUCCCUCCCCUACAUCGACACGGAGCCCACACCGUCCGAGCUCGACGCAGCCCGCGCCCUCGUCUCAGCCGAGCAGCAACGACGAGACCCCCCCCCAUCCCCCCCUCAGCACCCAUCCCCAUCAUUCUCGGACAUCAUGGCCAUCGAGCUCGCCCGCGCCGCCUCCGGCACCGCCCUACAGUCCCUCAGCCUGUCCCGCUACGAGGCCCAGGAGGCCCCUCCCCCGCGGGAGCCGGCGUCCACCCACCUUCGCGUCCUAGAGGCCGCCUACGUCGGCGAGUCGUAUCUCUCCUCCCGCCUGCAGACGCUCGAGCUCCUCGACCGUCACGGACGCAACGCCUGGCUCCUCGGCAACCACCACCUCGAGGCCGAGCUGCGCCGCGUAGAGGCCGACCUGGCCGCCACGAGGGCCGACAUCGACCGCGUCAACAUUGAGAGGAGACGCCGCCAGGAGGACGUCCGCACCGAGAUGCACGUCCUCGAGGAUACUUGGAAGAGGGGCGUCGGGAGGGUCCUCGAGACAGAGAUCGCCGUCGAAGCCCUCAGGGCCCAGAUCCGGGACGAGCUGGCCGCCGGGGCGCUCCGGCAGCACCAGCUCCAGCACGCUCCCGAGUGA